AUGCCAGAGAACCUGAAUCUUCUUCGGGCUUUUGGGGGCUUUUUCUUUAUCUUCUGGACAGCUUUUAACACAGCCUUAGUGGAUGUGGUUGGAUCGGAGCAGCAGAUCCCCUUGUCAGUUGUAAAGCUCUGGGCCUCAGCAUUUGGUGGAGAGAUCAAAUCUAUUGCAGCCAAAUACUCAGGUUCCCAGCUCCUACAGAAGAAAUACAAAGAAUAUGAGAAGGAUGUUGCAAUAGAAGAAAUUGAUGGCCUUCAGCUUGUGAAAAAGUUAGCAAAGAAUAUGGAAGAAAUGUUUCAUAAGAAGUCUGAAGCUGUACGGCGUCUUGUUGAAGCUGCAGAGGACGCCUACCUGAAACAUGAAUUUGAUGCUGACUUACAGUACGAAUACUUCAACGCUGUGCUCAUAAACGAACGAGAUGAAGAAGGGAAUUACCUGGAGCUGGGGAAGGAGUUCAUCCUGGUGCCAAAUGACCACUUCAACAACUUGCCUGUGAACAUCAGUCUGAGUGAUGUCCAAGUACCCACCAACAUGUACAACAAGGAUCCAGCCAUAGUAAAUGGAGUUUAUUGGUCAGAAUCUUUAAAUAAGGUGUUUGUUGAUAACUUUGAUCGUGACCCUUCUCUCAUCUGGCAGUACUUUGGAAGUGCAAAAGGAUUUUUCAGGCAAUAUCCAGGAAUUAAAUGGGAACCUGAUGAGAAUGGAGUCAUUGCAUUUGACUGCAGAAACAGAAAGUGGUAUAUCCAGGCAGCAACUUCUCCAAAAGAUGUGGUAAUUUUAGUGGAUGUCAGUGGCAGUAUGAAAGGGCUUCGCCUGACUAUUGCCAAACAGACAGUUUCAUCUAUUUUGGAUACCCUUGGAGAUGAUGACUUCUUCAAUAUAAUUGCUUAUAAUGAAGAACUCCACUAUGUAGAGCCGUGUCUGAAUGGAACAUUAGUUCAAGCAGACAGAGCCAACAAAGAGCAUUUCAGGGAACACCUUGACAAACUUUUUGCAAAAGGAAUUGGAAUGCUGGACAUUGCUUUAAAUGAAGCUUUCAACAUGCUCAAUGAAUUCAAUCACACAGGACAAGGAAGCAUUUGCAGCCAAGCCAUAAUGCUGAUCACUGAUGGAGCUGUGGACACAUAUGAUACCAUAUUUGCAAAAUACAACUGGCCAGACAGAAAAGUCCGUAUUUUUACCUAUCUGAUUGGAAGAGAAGCUGCAUUUGCUGAUAACCUGAAGUGGAUGGCCUGUGCCAACAAAGGGUUUUUUACUCAGAUCUCUACCCUGGCUGACGUGCAGGAGAACGUUAUGGAAUAUCUCCAUGUCCUCAGCCGCCCUAAGGUCAUCGACCAGGAGCACGAUGUGGUGUGGACUGAAGCAUACAUUGACAGCACUCUCCCUCAGGCACAAAAGCUUGCUGAUGAUCAGGGAUUGGUGUUGAUGACAACUGUUGCCAUGCCAGUAUUUAGUAAGCAAAAUGAGACUAGGUCUAAAGGGAUUCUCCUGGGAGUAGUUGGCACAGAUGUUCCAGUUAAAGAGCUUUUAAAAACUAUUCCAAAAUACAAGUUAGGAAUUCAUGGAUACGCUUUUGCAAUUACAAACAAUGGAUAUAUUUUGACUCACCCAGAACUCAGGCCUUUGUAUGAAGAGGGGAAGAAACGAAGAAAGCCCAACUACAGCAGUGUGGAUCUUUCUGAGGUGGAGUGGGAAGACAGAGAUGAUGUGCUUCGAAAUGCAAUGGUGAACCGGAAAACAGGAAAAUUCUCCAUGGAAGUGAAGAAAACAGUGGACAAAGGGAAGCGGGUCCUGGUGAUGACAAAUGACUACUAUUAUACAGACAUCAAGGGUACUCCAUUCAGUUUAGGUGUGGCUCUCUCUAGAGGACAUGGAAAAUACUUCUUCAGAGGGAAUGUAACUGUAGAAGAAGGUUUACAUGAUUUAGAACACCCUGAUGUAUCUUUAGCAGACGAAUGGUCCUACUGCAACACUGACCUGCACCCUGAGCACCGGCAGAUGACUCAGUUGGAAGCGAUCAAACGCUACCUCACAGGGAAGGAGCCCCUGCUCCAAUGUGAUAAAGAAUUGAUCCAGGAAGUUUUGUUUGAUGCUGUUGUGAGUGCACCAAUAGAAGCUUAUUGGACCAGUCUAGCAUUGAAUAAAUCAGAGAACUCUGACAAGGGGGUGGAAGUUGCCUUCCUUGGGACACGGACUGGGCUCUCUCGGAUCAACCUCUUUGUGGGGCCAGAGCAGCUGACCAACCAAGACUUCCUGACAGCUGAAGAUAAGGAAAAUAUUUUUAAUGCUGACCAUUUUCCACUCUGGUACAGAAGAGCUGCUGAACAAAUACCUGGGAGUUUUGUCUACUCAAUCCCAUUCAGCACAGAAACUUCUAACAAGAGCAAUGUGGUGACAGCCAGUACUGCUAUUCAGCUUCUGGAUGACAGGAAAUCUCCAGUGGUUGCAGCUGUAGGUAUCCAGAUGAAACUUGAAUUUUUCCAGCGGAAAUUUUGGACUGCAAGCAGACAGUGUGCAUCUCUCGAUGGCAGAUGUGCUAUAAGUUGUGAUGAUGAAACAAUCAACUGUUACCUAAUAGAUAACAAUGGAUUUAUUUUAGUGUCUGAAGAUUAUCAACAGACUGGUUACUUUUUUGGGGAGGUUGAAGGGGCUGUGAUGAACAAGUUACUAACAAUGGGCUCUUUUAAGAGAAUUACCCUUUAUGACUACCAGGCCAUGUGUAGGACAAACAAAGAGAGUAGCGACAGUGCCCAUAGCUUACUGGACCCUUAUAAUGCCUUCUUUGCUGCAGUAAAGUGGAUUAUGACUGAACUUGUCUUGUUCCUUGUGGAAUUUAAUCUAUGCAGUUGGUGGCACUCUGAUCUAACAGCUAAAGCUCAGAGGUUGAAGCAGACCCUGGAGCCCUGUGACACAGAGUACCCAGCCUUUGUUUCCGAGCGCACCAUAAAGGAGACCACGGGGAACAUUGCUUGCGAUGACUGUUUCAAGUCUUUUGUUAUCCAGCAGAUCCCAAGUAGCAACCUCUUCAUGGUGGUAGUAGAUAAUGAAUGCUUCUGUGAUUCUAUCCCACCAAUUACCAUGGCACCUAUAGAAAUAAGAUAUAAUGAAUCCCUUAAAUGUGAACGGUUGAAAUCUCAGAAGAUAAGAAGACGCCCAGAAUCUUGUCAUGGAUUUCACCCUGAAGAAAAUGCAAGAGAAUGUGGCGGUGUCUCAGGCCUUAGUGCUAAACCUUCUCUUCUUCUUCUUCCUCUACUAUUGAUGAUUUUCUCCAGGUGACAUUGACUGAUGUGUUCAACUGGCAUGCUAAAACAUGGAUAAACUGUGAACUGGGAAAUGGUGCAACAUAGAGGACAUGAAAUAUAGUCAGAGCAUCAGCAUUUCAUGAUUUUAAACUGUUGGUGAUAUAAAUUCUUAAAGAUAUGUUGAAAAAAGAUUUAUCUUUUUACUUUGCAAGUCGUGCAGAUGUGAAUUUGGCAUAUGGCAGUCAUGAUUCAUCAAAAAAGGACUUGGUAGAUAGAGGUGACCAUUGCUUUGUCCCAUUGAAUACAAUUUAAACUGUGUACUUUUUUCAAUAAAGUAUAUUAAAAUCACAGUUUCAGAGUGUAUUUUAAGUAUGCUAAUAUAUUUGUUCAAAUAAUGAAUGAUGGGAAGAAAAUAAAAUAAAUGGAUGAUAUUUUA